UCCUUCCAGCUUUUUGCUCGCUCGACUGGGAAUUUACGGUACGCUAGCCUCAGCUCUGCUUUUUUCCUUCGCCUCUUCACCCUCUCAUUUGAACUUCCCCCACACUCAAUUCACACAAAAUGGACGCGCAGGAGCCGGACGCCUUCUGCACCUGCUCGGCCUUUGCGAACCACUCGGACGACCACACGCCAACAUGCUUGCUCUACACACCGAUAUCAGCGAUGGAUAUCCCAGUUGGCUCGCGUCGCAGCAUCAACAGCAAUGGCAGUGGCACAGGCUCUGUGGCAACCUUUGGCCGCAGCAACAACGGAGGCACACGGCCGCCCAGCUACACCGGCUACGGCGCCUAUGUGCACAACUACCCAGCGCCGUCAAACGUGUCGUCAGUGGCAGCCUCAUAUGCCUCUACAUCCUCCAUAUUUGACUCUGCAGCAGCAACCGAGACCGAGUCAAUGUAUUCAUAUCCGCACAAGCGGUCAGUGUCAGUGUGCUCGGUAUCGUCAACAGCAUCAACAUUCCACAUUCUUCCGACAGAGUUGUUUCGGGCGGUGUUUGCAUACUUGGGCAUCGAGGAUCUGAAAUCAGUUGUCCUGGUUUCGCGCCAGUGGCGCUCAGCGGCCAACCCGCUGCUCUGGCGCACAAUGCUGUUCCCGCUCGACAAGCGUAGGCUGGCGGCGAUGAAGCUGGUUCUCAGCCACUAUGGCCACCACGUGAGGCGCGUGCUCAUUGCACCACCCAUGCUCGAGAGUCAGUACACACCUCAUCAGGCGGGCAUGUCGUCGCGGCGCAUGAGCACAUCGAGUCAGCAUGGCUGGUCGUUAUCUCGGCCAAUGUCUCGAUCUGGAUCAGUGUCAUCAGGUGUGCCGCAGCCAACACCGCAAUUUCUCCAUUCACUGGGGCACGGGUCGGCUCCGACAGAUGAGGGGUCUUUGGCGAAUACUCCGAUGCUUCCUCCAAUAGUCGGCACCCCCGAGCCAGCCGUCUAUAGUUCUGUGACGCCAGCAUCAAGCAGCGCAGCGGUGUCGACGUCGACUUCCAGAAACGGUGUUGGCGGAUUUGCUAACAGUGUUUCAUCCUCAUCGCGAUCUGCAACUCAACAGCAGCAGCCCACCCCUUUGUCGAGCUUUCGGCAGCAGCAACAGCAACCACCAUAUCGCCCGGAUAUUUUCGAUUUGGCAGGCGCUGCAGCUUCUUCUGGAAGGCGCAUGUCCCGUGGAAGUUCUGUGACGUCUCCAUCGCCAUCCCUGCUACCUGCCUACGCGGUGCCGAUUCCUGGCACGCCUGGACCUGGAAAUGCGCUUAGCGAGGCACUCCCGCCGCCAAUAGCUUGGAGCAGCAGCAACGGUGGGGGCGGAUCGACAGGACCGUUGGGUUCCAGCAGUGCAGCGAACGGACUGUCGCGAUCUGGUAGCGCCAGUCAUGCGUUUGGCUCGUUUAUCCACCACUCGACUUCUGUGAUGCACCACGAGGUGUCCGACGGCACCGUGACCCGUAUGCACCAGUUUAUGGAGCGGUACUGUCCCAACAUCCUCGAAGCCGUCGUGCGCAACCCGACAGGGAUCGCCAGCCAUACCCGGCGAGCCAACAUCCUCUGCCGGCUGUUCCAGACCUACCCGCGGCUAGAAAAGUUGGAUCUCAGCGACUUUAUCAUGUGGGACUCGCAGCCACUGCACAUGGCUGCUGGGUGUCUGCAGUACUUGACCAGCCUCGAUGUCACGAACCGUGUCGAGCUCAGCGACACCGAUCUGCUGCCUAUUAUCGAAAACUGUCCACGGCUCCGCGAGCUGCGGAUCCGGGCUACCAACGCAUCUGAUACAACGAUCCAUGCCGUCAUUGGGCAUCUUUCGCAGACGCUGCAGGUGCUCAAUGUUGGUGGGUGUCCAGUCAGCUCGCCGGCGAUGACUGAGCUGGUGACCAAAUGCACGCAUCUGCGUAUCCUGCAGACCUGGAGCUGCCUGCGACUCGAUGACACAUUCCUGCAGGCGCUAAAUCCUGAGAUUUUGCAGAGCCUGCAGGUCUUGGACAUGAUGGACGUGCAAAAGUUCUCGAUUGACGCGGUGGGCAGGACGUUCCGAGACCAAAAGUGGCCCUAUCUAAAGUACCUGCGCAUCAAGGCCAAGUGCACCCGUGAGUACUUUGCCGGCAUCCCUGAGCGAGCCGUGCUCAAGCUCAACUCGACCACCAUCCUCGACUGAGUUUUCCCCGCUGUAAACAACUGAACAAAAAGAUGCACUCGUUUUAUUAAACGGCUCGGUCCAGCUACGAGCCUGCAUUUUAAACCCAAACACUGAUGAGAACGGCCUGGCGAGGGCUGUUUACUGCCCAGAGCCU